UUAUCACCCACAACCUUGGUAACAAUGGAAAGUGGAGUUUUUCUGCCCUGCCUGGAUCAGUUCAUGCUGAGCCCACUCGUCACUUGGGUGAAGACAUUUGUGCCAAGAGAUGGGGGCAUGCAUUUGGACUUUUCUGAAUUACUGGAUGGAGUCUUUUUGAAUGACAUAAUGACCCAAAUAAAUCCCUCAGCUACACCUCAGGGUGCAAACAAAAUGAGCAGGGAUCCAAGUCAGAGGAUCCAGAACCUGAACUUUCUUGUCCAGCAAAUCAAGACAUAUUAUCUGGAUAAUCUGAGACAGCUAAUCAUGAUUCCUUUGCCAAAUGUGUUGCUGCUUGGCAGGACUCCUUACUGUGAACAAAGUCUGGAGGAAAUGAAGAAGCUCUUGCUGUUACUGUUGGGAUGUGCAGUCCAGUGUGAGAAGAAAGAGGAAUACAUCGAGAGGAUCCAGACGCUUGACUUUGACACAAAAGCUGCAAUAGCUGCACAUAUUCAGGAGUUGACCCACAGUCAGGAGAACGUGCUGGAUCUGCAGUGGUUGGAGUCCAGUGAGAUGAACCCAGAUGAGAUGGAGGACAUAGCGAGGACCAUGGCCACGCACCUCCAACACCUGCUGGACCAGAGGGACACCCAUCUGGAGACUAUAGCAGAGCUGUUGCAGGAAAAGGAAGGUGUGGUUAGCAUGCUCAGUAGCCCCUCCAGCCCACAGUCUGGGAGCUACUCUCCCAGCAUUCAGCAGCAGCAGGCGGGGUCCCAGCAACAUCUGGCGGUGGAGCUGGCUGACUCCAAGGCCAAGAUUAGACGACUCAGGCAAGAACUAGAGGAAAAGAGUGAACAGAUGCUGGACUGCAGACAUGAUCUGGAGAACAUGGAGGCAGAGCUGAAGAGGAUCCAGCAGGAGAACUCCCAGCUGCUUGUGGACGCCCGCGCAGCCCGCACCUACCGAGAUGAGCUGGACACCCUGAGAGAGAGAGCCAUCAAGGCGGACAAGCUGGAGAGUGAAGUGGGACGUUACAGAGAGCAACUGCACAAGAUGGAGUACUACAAGGCCAAAGUGGAGGAGCUGAAGGAGGAUAACCGGGUGCUACAGGAGACCAAAGAGGUGUUGGAGGAUCAGCUGGCAGGCUGGAGGGCACGCUCGGAUAAAAUCCACCAGCUGGAGAAGCACAGUCUGAUGCUGAACGCCCGGGUCCAUGACAUGGAACAGGAGAGGGAGGCUGACCGGAGGCGCAUUGAGGAGUUGCAGGAGGAGAACCUGGCUCUGUGUUUGGCUCAGAGGAGGAGUAUGGAGGAGUCUCAACACCUGGGCUGGGAGUUAGAGCAGCUCUCCAAGAACGCUGAGAACUCCCAGGGCCAGCAAACUCUGAGUGAGGAGGUGAGUGAGAGGACCCGCAGUCGGAUGCUGAAGCUGGAGAAGGAGAACCAAAGUCUCCUGAGGACGAUAGAGGAACUCAGAGCAGCCUCUAUCAGCAACAGCCCACAGCACGAACAUAGCCACCACCAUGAGCGCGGCCAUGUCUGCCAGAUGUUCUGUAGCCCCAACAACUGGACCUCAUCAACAGACGAGCCCUCAGGGUUACAGACCCCCCGCUCAAAUACAGAAAACCACACUAAUAUAUUCCCACUUAGCACAGUACCGCAGCAGAUAAUGAAUGGAGAUUCAAACUCCCGUCAGAAACCACAGACAGAAGAGCUGGAGGGAGUCCAGACUGAGAUCCUCCUCACAAAUACUCCAGACUUUCAUAUUCAAGAGACAAGACAACUAGAGGACAGAGACAUAGGAGACCAUUUCAAAGAACUGAUGUCUGAUAUGGAAGUUUUAGAAAAUGCUCACAAUAGGCUCCAUUGUUUUGUGGGAACACGUGAUACCUCCCCUGGCUCGAAGAGCAGCAGUCCCUGCCACAACAGCGUCUUCACGUGUCUGCCAACACAGUCCCCCUAUGCUAGUAAGCAAACACAGCGGCUGCAUGCCAAGUGCAAGGCCCUGGACACAGUUAAUCAGCAUCUACAGACUUCUCUUGACAACGCUGACCGGAAAAUUCAGCGUCUGGAGGCAGAGGUUCAGGAGCUGGAGGCAGAGAACCAGAGUCUGCAGGCCACCUUAGAGGAACUUCGGAUCUCUGCAAGACGACUCGAGCAACUGGAGACAGAGAAGCAGAGCCUGGAGCAGGAAACUACAGCUCUGGAGAGAGAGAAGAGGCAGCUAGAGAAAGAGAAUCGACGUCUCCGCCAGCAGGUUGCUGAAAUCCAGGAAGCCAACUUGGACAGCAGUAAUGUCUGCAUGGCCAGCCUGGAGAGGGAGAUGCGUUCUCUAGUAAAGGAGGUGGAGGGUUUAAGGGAGACUGCUGAGAGGGUCAAAGGUCUGGAAAGAGACAACAGGGAACUGACCAAGCAAUCUGCUAUUGACCAGAGGACCCUGGCCACCCUCAGAGAGGAGCUGGUGAGCGAGAAGCUGAAGACCCAGCAGAGAGACAAUGAACUGGAGAGGCUGACCCAUGAGCUUGAGAUGAAGGUCCUUAUCCAGGACCGUGCACAGCAGGCUGAAAAAGAGACACCAGACAACAGGUUCAAGAUGCUGGAGUCAGAGUUGGAGUCAUCCCUGAAAAAGUCUCUGCAGAUCAAAGAGGACAAGAUGGCCACUCUGGAGGAUCGUCUGCAGGAAUCCUCCACCCUGAACCAGCAGCUACGCCAGGAGCUCAGGACUGUGAAGCUGACCUAUGAGGCGUUGCAGCAGAGGCAAGAAGAGGAGUGGACAGCGUCAAGCUCUACCCCGCCAACAGACACCUCCAAAGCAAUGAGGGAAUGGCUGCGUGAAAGCCAGGAGGCCACCAAGGAACUGCUGAAGCUCAAAGACCGUCUCAUUGACGUGGAGAGGAAUAAUGCGACACUGGAAGCAGAGCGUCAGGCUAUGCAGGCCCAGCUGAAGCAACUGGAGAGUCAGUCUGACAGCCUGCAGGCUCAGAUCCUCGCCCUACAGAGGCAGGCUGCCUCACUGCAGGAGAACAACACAGCCCUGCAGACACACAACGCUAACCUGCAGGUGGAAAAAUCUACGCUGAACUCACAGAGCGCUUCCCUCGUGGCCCAGAAUGCUCAGCUGCAGCAGCAGCACUUGGGGACGGAAAGUGAGCGGGACAGCGCCAUACGGGACCGCGAAGAGUUGCGUGGUGUCCACGAGCAGCUAUUACGAGAUCACGAGCGGCUGGCUGCUCUGCAUGAGCGGCAAGCCAUGGAGUAUGAGGCCCUGAUGGGCAAACAUGGCUGUCUGAAAAACGCUCACCGCACACUGGAGCUUGAGCAUCGCACACUGCAAGACAGAUGUAAUAGCCUGCUGCAGCAGCGGGCCAAGCUAGAAGACCUGGAGAAAGCCCUGAGGGAGGAGCAGAUGAGGAUGGCUCUGGAGAAAGAACAGCACAGGACAACCGCUGCUGAAUGUUGCCGGCUCCGAGAUGAGAAGGACUGGCUGAACCAGACAUACCGUCAGCUUCUUAAUGACAAUGAGUUGCUGACAGCAGAUCACAAGCAACUCAAGAGCCAGCUGAACGAGGCCAAGCUGGAGCACACCUGGCUGGAGGCCGACUUCUCCAAGCUCAAGAAGGAGUUUCAGCAGCUGGACAUCACCUCCACCAAACUCAGCAACCAGUGUGAGUUGCUGAGCCAGUUGAAAGGCAACCUGGAGGAAGAGAAUCGCCACCUGCUAAGCCAGAUCGAGUCCCUGAUGAUACAGAACCGAACACUGUUGGAGCAGACUAUGGAGAGCAAGGAUCUGUUUCAUGUUGAAGAGCGGCAGUAUAUUGACAAGCUUAAUGAUUUGAGGAGGCAGAAGGAGAAGCUAGAGGAAAAGAUAAUGGACCAGUACAAGUUUUACGAACCCUCACCUCCUCGCAGACGUGGAAACUGGAUAACUCUGAAAUUGAAGAAGCUUAUGAAAUCUAGUAGCCGUGAGCAUGGACCCGAGCGGCCCACCACACCCACACACUCGGGCGUUACUGAGCCAAACCAGUCCUGUCAAGACAACAGCUCCUUCAUUAGCUCAGAUGGCUCUGGAGGCUCAGCCUCCACCUCAGCAGGUGAUGCCAUAUCACCCCAGCGUAAAAGCACCACAGUGAAAGUGUUUCCCCGUAUGAGGAACAGGCUGAAGGACAGAGAAAAAGUCAAGUCCAUCUUUCGUCGAUCCAUGUCCCUGAGCAGCUUGGCCUCUCCCUCAGCCCGGUGGGAAGACAGCUCAGAGCAGCUGGAAGGGUCAGAGGCUGAUGUGGAAGAGGACAGGGAGGAUACACUGACCUCAUCCCUAACCACCUCCAUUUUGUCCAUUCUCCACCUUCAUCAUCCCACCUCUCUACCAUCUGGUUGCCUCCACACCGCCGCCACUGACACCACAGACACUGUUCCAGAUGUUUCCGAGCCAUGGGUGACAGACAGAGGUUCAAAUGAUAGCGCUGUGCCAUUUGGAUUUGAGGACGACAUCAACGAGCUACAAAAUCACGAUUUGAAUGGCAUCCAGAGUCGAGCCCAAAGUGAGAGCAGCGGGGAGUUCAGCCUGAGUCUGGAAAAUGAGCCAUGGUCAAAUGGCAGCAGCCCUGUCCAGCAGCCCCUAUCACGCCGUUCCUCCUCCUCCUACCAGCCACCCAGCGAUACCUCCACCCCCCAACACAAGGAGAAAGCUUCCACAAUGCCCAUUACUAAGAGUCAGAAUUCAGAUCUCAAGUCUAUACCAAAACAGAAAGAUCUUGGGCUUUCUCAGGACUUCUGGCUCACAAGGAGUACAAAGAGUGUCCGAAGGGGGUCAAGAGGGAAGGUGACACGUCGCUCAUCAGAUUCAGGCACAGUCAAAAUGAACCCAGGACUGAAUGGAAUGAAUUCUAAAUCAAGCUCAAACAAGGCUGACAUCACCCGAGUCUCAGCUUGUUCACCGAUCACAGUGUUGCAUGUUCAGGGGAAGUCAUCCUCAAUAUCUGGCUGCCUCAACUGCUUCUCCACACCUCUGGGGAAAGAGGGGCGACUGAAAGGGCCUAGGUCCCCUGAAAGUCUCCCCCGUGCCAGCAGUGUAAUUUCUACAGCGGAGGGCUCAUCCCGACGCUCCAGUGUCAACAGCAACUGCAGGGUGACAGUCAAGACUGACUCUCUCAAAGCCCCGGUUUCAGAAGAAAGCAAUAAUCAGGAGGAAACAGUGGGUCAGAAUCAACAACCAGACCCAGACACUAAAAGCAGUAAGCUUGAGCCAGUUCCUCCAGUUAAACCCCCCAGAGACCCAGCAGUUGUUGUUCCCACAGAGCACCCCGUGCAGGAGUCACUUUUUGGCUCCUCAAUCACUUUCAACACUGUCUUCUCAAACACGAUCUUCAGUGAUUCUGUGGUCACGACCACGAUUAGUCUGGACACUGCACUUGACAACAACCAGGCCUUCCUCUGUCUGAAUCCAUCUCAGGUGCAAAACUGUCCAGUUGAGUGCCAGGAGUCCCUACACAGCACACCACAGGCACUGCUCAACGUGGACAAUGAGCAGAGUCAAAAUGCAGAACAUUCAGCUGGGCUGGAAGGGAAGGACAAACCGCUCACAACUGCAUGA